GAUAUCCAGGUCAGUGAAGAAGGAGGGGAGGAGGUGUUCCAGGGGCUGGAGCAGAGAUUCCCCUGCAGCCCGCAGAGAAGACUGAUGAAGCAGGUUGUCCCACUGCAUCCCAUGGAGAAGAAUACAGUGAAGAAGGUAUUUCUCCACAGGCUAUGGACGACCACACUGCAGCCUGUGCAGGACCCCAUUCUGGAGUAGGUGCUGUAAUUUCAAGAAAUGCUGAGACCUAUUUGAAGAACAAUAUUCAUAAAAACUUUUGUCGUGAUAAUUUUCUUAAAACUAGAAUGGCUUUGAAAAAAACACCUAAGCUAUUCAAGAAACUGUUUUUUCACUGGAAACUUUGGAAGUUCAGCAUUAUUGUGCUUGUGUUUCUGGUAUUUUUAUUUUUAUUACAAAGAGAAGUGGGUGUUCAAGAUUUUAAACAUGAAGCAGGGAUUGAGCCAGUUGUUGGAAAGAAAAGUCACGUAUUAGGUCUUGUGUUAAAUGCUAUGAACAAUAUCAAAGGUGCAAAACCAAAAAUGCAGAUAAAAGCACCUGUUAGGCAAACUAGGAUUCCUGAAGAGAGACACUGUUUGCCAGGACACUAUACUGCAGUGGAAUUAAAACCCUUUCUAGAUCGACCCCUUCAAGAUCCUAAUGCUCCUGGAGCUUCUGGUAAAGCAUUUAAAACCAUUAACUUAAAUUCAGAAGAACAGAAAGAAAAACAGCACGGAGAAGAAAAACACUGUUUUAAUGCAUUUGCAAGUGACAGGAUUUCUUUACACCGAGAUCUUGGACCAGACACUCGACCUCCUGAAUGUAUUGAACAAAAGUUUAAGCGUUGCCCGCCAUUGCCAACCACAAGUAUUAUAAUAGUUUUUCAUAACGAAGCGUGGUCCACUCUGCUCAGAACUGUUCACAGCGUGAUGUAUACAUCUCCUGCUAUACUGCUAAAGGAGAUUAUUCUGGUGGAUGAUGCCAGUGUAGAUGAAUACUUGCAUGAUAAACUAGAUGAAUAUGUGAAACAAUUUCAAAUAGUUAAAGUAGUCCGUCAAAAGGAAAGAAAAGGUCUAAUAACUGCACGGUUGCUGGGAGCUUCAGUAGCAACAGGAGAGACCCUGACCUUUCUGGAUGCUCACUGUGAAUGCUUUUAUGGCUGGUUAGAGCCAUUAUUGGCAAGAAUAGCUGAGAACCGUGUUGCUGUUGUAAGCCCUGAUAUUGCUUCUAUAGAUCUCAAUACUUUUGAAUUCAGUAAACCAUCUCCUUAUGGGCAUAGCCACAACAGAGGAAAUUUUGAUUGGAGUUUGUCAUUUGGAUGGGAGUCUCUUCCUAAACAUGAAAAUAAAAGAAGAAAAGAUGAAACCUAUCCAAUUAGAACACCCACUUUUGCUGGAGGUCUCUUUUCAAUAUCAAAAGACUACUUCGAACACAUUGGAGGCUAUGAUGAAGAAAUGGAAAUAUGGGGAGGUGAAAAUAUAGAAAUGUCUUUCAGAGUAUGGCAAUGUGGUGGACAGUUGGAGAUCAUGCCUUGCUCUGUUGUUGGCCAUGUCUUUCGCAGCAAGAGUCCCCAUACUUUCCCAAAAGGUACUCAAGUGAUCACACGUAAUCAAGUCCGCCUUGCAGAAGUGUGGAUGGAUGAAUAUAAAGAAAUAUUUUACCGAAGAAACACAGAGGCAGCAAAAAUUGUGAAACAAAAAUCAUUUGGAGACAUCUCAAAAAGGCUUGAAUUAAGGCAACGUCUGCAGUGUAAAAAUUUUACCUGGUAUCUCAGUAAUGUUUAUCCAGAAGCAUAUGUGCCAGACCUGAAUCCUUUGUUUUCUGGAUAUUUAAAAAAUAUUGGUAAACGCAUGUGUCUGGAUGUUGGUGAAAAUAACCAUGGUGGAAAACCAUUGAUUAUGUAUUCUUGUCAUGGACUUGGAGGAAAUCAGUACUUUGAAUAUUCUGCACAUCAUGAAAUUCGACAUAACAUUCAGAAGGAGCUUUGUCUGCAUGCUUCUAAAGGACCUGUGCAGCUUCGCGAAUGUAACUACAAAGGCCAGAAAACCUUUGCUGUUGGAGAAGAGCAAUGGCUGCAUCAAAAGGAUCAAACUCUGUACAAUGCAGCACUACAUAUGUGCCUUACAGGAAAUGGAGAGCAUCCAAGUUUGGCAUCCUGUAAUCCAUCAGACCCCUUCCAGAAGUGGAUCUUUGGCCAGAACAAUUAAGAUUUUAUAUUUAUAGGCCAGGAGCAUUUUAUUAAGAGAAAAGAUCCAUUCCAAACUGUGAACAUAUAUGUAUACAACAUUUUUAAGUGAUGCAUACUUUAAAUACAAAAUGUUUAAACAAUUUCUUUUCCCUCUUAUUUAAAUUUGAUAUAAAAUGUGUCAUCAGAGAUUCUCUAGGAGUCUGUUAUACCAAAGAUGAUUAAGAUCCCAAUUAAGAAAAAUGUUUACAAUAUUUCUAUGAUAAGACUUUAUAUGUUGACCACUGGUUCAUGGAUCCUAUAGUCCUAUUUCACCUUGGGAACCAUAUGUAUAUUGUUCUUCCACAUGUUGUAAGUACUUCUGAAGAAGAUUAAUCUUCUCUGUAGAGUUAUAAGAGAUUAUUGUAUACUGUCUAAAAACCAAGACACUUUAUAUGUAUAUUUUUAUGCUCAAUUGGUUGACUUCACUUAUUUUUUUAAUCAUUUACUUUACUCUGUGAAACUUUCUCAGUAUUUUUAAAGAUCCUUCACUUGAACAAAUAAAUGUUUGACCUUCAGGUUAAAAGCCAAAUAGGCCACCACACCGUGCUCAGCUUCUAACAAGUGAAUCCUUUCGUAGAAGAAAAAAAAUCAUUCUUGCUGAAAUAUGUGUGUAUAAUUUUAAUGGAAAAUCUGCUUAUUCUGAUAUUAAUGUCCUUUUGUUUAGCCAAAACUUUUUGUAUAGGUUUUUUUAUAUUUCAUGAAUUUAUGAAAUUUAUUACAAAGUUAUAUUGUAAUAGAUUUCUGAGCUCCUUAACAUGAACACAUUUUUUCAGCAUUUUGUUCAUUAGUGCUUUUAAAUUACAUGUUAUCCACUAAACCCACUUUUUCCCUACCUUUUAGUGAUCUAUGCAAUGUUUACCUAACAGGUUUCUAACUUUAUCUGCAUAGAAUUUCUUGUGCAAAAUCUUGCAUGUUGAUUUUUUUUUUUCUUUUUUUUUUUUUUUUUUUUUUUUCCUUCCUGUUGCUGUUUCUCCUUUUACAAAGGAUGGGCCCCGGUUUUAUUAGUCCAAGUGAGACCUUGGCCUUCCUAACUAUUCUCCUAGCUCUAUUUAUGAAAUAUUGUAUUCUUGUAAGCAUCCACAAGUAUACUUCAGUAGUACAUACAGAACUAUGUCUUCAUAAAUACCCUUCCUUUGAGUAUGUAUUUAUAUAUAUAUAUUUAUUUUUAUUUCUUUGGUUAUUUUACUGCAUGUAUAGUUGUUAGACACCCUCUGGUUAGUUUUUUGUUGCAAUCACUAGUCACGCCAAUUUUCUGACUGUGAUUAUCUCAGGCCUUCUUUACUGAAGGUAACUCUUCUGCAUAAGAAAUCUGCUCUUUAGGAACAGAGAGGUACACUUGCUUCAAAAUGUCUACUUCAGGGUAUGAAUGUGAGAUUAAUGAUCAUCCCACCCUUAAAGUAUCUAAGGUCACAUAAAAAUGCACUUUAAUAAAGUAAACUCUAUUUCAUAAUAAAAUGUUAUAUUCUGGUUUGGAGAAAACUUAAUUAGUUUAUGCAAAUUAUGGAAGUUUAAAAAGAACCUGAAAUUUGCAUGUGUUAUGGGAGGUAGCUGGGUAUGAAAUUAAAAAAAUAAACUUCUAGGAAGGGACGGAAGCAGCAGAAUGAAGACAAGGAAAAGACUUGUCUAGAAGCGCCAGUGUUAUUAAGUGUAGGGAUGGGAAACAUCAAAGGCAGAAAGGUAUUUAGACUUUGCAGCUUGUUGAAAGAAUUGUGUCUAUUCAAAUGGAAGAAAAUAGGAGUUGUAAUAGCAACUAUCUUAAUAAGGAACUCGUUCAUGAUCUGAAUCUCAAGAAAGGUGCAUGCAACAGUGGAAAUAUCAGCAAUAAGAUCAGGCCUAGUUAGAUGCAGCUAGUAACAGUAUUUUAGGAAAUGCUUAGUAUUUUCUUUAAGUGCUGUACUCAUAAGAGGAGAGGGACUAAGGGAAAAAGUUAUGGCUGCCAAAAGGAAAAAAAAUCAAAUUUUUAAAGUGAAGACAAAAAAAAAUUUGGCUUCAGAAUCAGAUAGAAAGCUGAGAAUAAAUUGAAAGAGUGGGUAUUAAAGAUUGAAUAGGACAAAAUGCAUUAAUACUAAAUUUGUCCUUUUGUCCUGGUAAAUAAAUACCAUUACAGGUAGAUGCUAAUUUAUCUAUAGAGGCUGCUGGAUGGAUGAUGAUGUGGGAUUUUUUUUAUUUCUAAUUGGUGGAGGGAGCAUGUCUGCUUAAUUUAACAGUAUCUGGCUAAUGAGUUCAGUUUCUGAAGAAAAGCAAGAAGUAAUCCUUACAGGAGUUUUAACUCACCUAAAAGAAAACAAGCGAAUAAGCAAGGGCCAGCAAGAAUUUGUCAGAAGCAUUAACUUAAGCUAAUUGCUUUUUCUGGCUUUAUAGCCAUGCACUGGAGGCGUGUCUUGGCUUCAGUAAGUCUUUUGGUGACACCUGUGAGAAUAUCCUAUGAAGUUAAAGCUGUGUGACUUAAAAUAACUUGCUACAGGGCAUACAGUGUAUAAAUUGUUGAAAAGACUGUACUGGGAAAGGUUAUUAAUGCCUCCGAAACUGGAAGGCUGUAGCGAGUGGCUUUGCACCAAGUUCUGCCUGGGUCCUCUGAUAAAUAUUUCCAUAAUUCAGUAAUGGAAUACAAAGUAGUAUUAUUACUUUCACAGAUCAAACCAAUAUUGGAAGGGCAACAAAUGCUCUUGGCAAACUGGAGAAGGAGUUGAGGAAAACCAGGAUGCAGGUCAAUGAGAAAAUUUUUCAACAAAUAUGAAUAGAGGAUGUGAGAUUACAUAGAUAGCAGCUGUGCCAUGUUGACCCCCAGGUAUGAGAUGGGAACUGGGUGUUCAAAGAACCUGUUCCAGAAGACAAGGUAUUUAGCAUAAAUGUUUAAAAGGACUUGAGUUCUUUUAAUUCCUAGUUUGUGUUAUACAGCAAAUGUAUUAUAUUAUUUUUAAUACCACUAAAGGGUUAUUUCUUCUUGCAACCUGUUUCUCUUAAAAACUUGUCAGAUUGGAAUUUACAUAUAUGAAAUGUCAUUUAUCUACUCAUUACCACAUUUUCUUUUUAGAGGUAACUUUCCAAACCAGGAUAAAAUUUAAAUUGCAAGGAAACAAGCGUUCUGUUGCAUUUGGGGGUAGGAAUCUAUCGCUUCGUGAGCAGUGCUAGAGGAGCUCCACUGUGUGGUUUUUUUCUAGUUGGUAAUCUAAGACCAUAUUAUAGCAGAGCUAGCAAUAUAUGUACUUGGCACUGUUUUCUAAGAAGACUAGGUAUAGCAGAUCACCUAGUAGUUAUAUUUUGUGUUCAGAUCUAGCUGUGGAAGGGGAAAUUUUAUUCUGUGAUUUAAAAUUGUAUUUUCCUUUCAUUUUUGGAGAAUUGCUUUCUGGCCUGACAUAGGUCAGUAGUCCAAAAUCCAUAAUACAUGUUAACAUAGGGGGUUUUUAACCCUUGUUACUAUUGCAAACACUCUAAUAUUUUUUUCUUUUUUUAAUGUUUACUAUCUGUUCUUUAAACUAUGAGUGAUAUUUUGGUCUCUAUUUUUGCAGUACUUAGUACAACAGCAAUUCAGUCUUACUUGGACCCCCUACUACCUGCCAGAAAAGAGGAAAGCAGAUCUAUAAACAGAGGAAGACAUUAAGUGACUUUUAUUGUUCUAAUCUGUUCAAAGAGCUGAAAUUAACUUCUGUAUCUUGAGUAUUACACUUCCAAAUAUGCAUAUAUAUGUGUGUGUAUAUAUAGAUAUCAUACAAUUUUAGAAGAGCAAUAAGAGAUCUGUAAAUAUGAUUGGAAAUUUAGAAAAUAUUUUUUUUAAAAGUUAAUUACAUUUUUUUUUUAAUUACUUUUUCAAAAGUAUUAACAAAGCAGCAGUAAGAAAAAUUGUAGGAGUUCAAGUGUUAGUUAUUUGGCAUCUUCUCUCUGCUUUUCUAGCAUCAGUCUUCAGUCUCUCCUGAAAAGUAAACUAUUUCACAGGUUGGUUUUGUUUCUUUUUUGAAGGGCAGAAGCAGAUGUUCUCCUUGGCAUAACUUCUUCCUCCAGCCAUGACUCUCUUGAGUAAUUAUAGUACAUUCUACAAAGCAGUACUAACUUUUCUGUGCUUUGUUUUGCUGUAUACAUUUCUUUAAAUAAGUUGAAUUACUCUGAGAAAUAAAUGAAACUGAAAGAACUCGUGGACACUACUUCCUUCUAAAGAAUAAUCUCCCACAGUUUGGGAGUUAGCCUUAUAUAAUCUUAUGCAUGUGAUCAAGUUUAUAAUAUUAAAUUGAGAUGUAGGGGGCUUAAUUUCAGUGGCUGAGUUGUUCAGAACUAUAGCCAGUCCUUUGAACUUCUUGUACAUGGAUAUCCCUGCGGGUUGUACUAUCAAUCAAAUGUUCCAAGAAAGUGACAUGUAGUCUCUUCUUUAUUUUAAUCCAUCUCCUGAAUUCAAGUAGGGAUUUUAUUGCUAAAAUGUUUUGGUCAAAAAUGCACUUGUGUCAAUAGCACAAUAAUAUUUCAUAUAGUAGUUUAAUGUUAUGAUUUUAAAAAAAA